AUGGAGAAGCUUGCUCCAUCUGUGAAUGGGUCCAUCACUCCCUCCACGUACACUGCUCACUCCUUAGACCAGCAGCAAAUCUCCAUUUACAACAAUUUACAAAAGCCCCUGUUUGAAAUCAAGCCAGUUCAAUUACAAUUUGACUUGCACCAUGCAUUGAACAAACUUCUCGUGGCUGAUAGCCAGAUGUUUCUAUUCGUUGGAGAGAUUAUGUACAAGAUAGACUUGGAUAAUCCGUCAAAGUUGAUGAAAUACAGUAUACCUCAAAAAGGUGGGUCUUUUGCCACAUGGGUGGAUUCCACAGCACAGAAUCUCAUUAUAAGGAUCGACCAGCAUUACUUCUACUUGUACAAAUCCUACAAGUCUUUCAGGUCGCUACCAAAGUUCAAGGGGUUGGACAUUGAGACGCUUGCUUUUACAUCGUCAAAUACGGUUGUAAUGGCGACAAGUGCGGGACACGUAUACCUAGCAGCUAUAAAGCCACACGAUGAUACCAAAAAGAAUGAUAUUCAGCAUUUAAAACACGUACACACCAUUGAAUCACAAGUACGUGGUAUUGCAAUCACAGAAAAUCAGUCAUUGAUCAACAUUAUUGCUAAAGAUGCAAUCUACACCUGGUCUUGUUUUGACACCUCAUUUUCAGAAUUGUCUAAAGUGUUUAAAACUCCACCGGUUGUGAAGAACAUAGGCAUUAGUGAUAAGUGGUUGUUGUCAACUAGCAACAACAAGUAUAUAUACAUCGGUAAUGAAGUCGCCACCAAUGAUGAUGAGAUACAGUUUACCACAUUGAAUGAUGCAAUAGAUGACAUAAUUUUGACACCACAUCAUCUAAUUGGAUACCACGACAAGCAGGUCGUUAUAUACAACAAACUUAACCAGGAAUCAAAGAUAUUGGACAUGGAGGAACAAAUACAGGGAAUCGCAAGUGACGCCAGUUCGUAUUGGAUAUACACAAAAAACUCCAUUUACGAGAUUAUCAUUUCUAAUGAAAGCAGUUUAGUUUGGUACGAUUACUACAAGAUGAACAAAUUUGAGGAGGCUCUUAAUUGUCUUGAGGACAGUGAGGAAAAUUUUUUCAAAAGAGAUUUGGUAUUGAUCAAACAAGGGUAUGACUAUUUGCAAAGAGGAGGCUUUGGACUUGAACUGAAAAACAAGGAGCUAGUAAACUUGCAGAAGAAAGGUAUCGGAAUAUUAGCGAGACUGACGGAACCAUUUGAAAAAGUGUGCCUAAUGUUGCACCUGUCGAAUGCCGUCAGUUUGUUGAUUGAUUACUUGUUGGUUAAAUUUGGCAUAAACAGAAAGAAUAAGGUUAGAGCGAUUGUGCUAUCUACUUGGAUAAUCGAGUUGAUGAUCAGAGCAAAUGAUGAGCGGUUUUACGAGUUUGUGAAAAAGAACCACAAACUGCUAGACCGAUCCAUUUACAAUAUAUUGAGCGGAGAGAGAGCUCUUUUUUAUGCCGAAACAAUUGAGGAUUAUCAUUUUGUUUUAAAUCAUCAGAUGGCAGAUAAGAACUGGCCACUUGCUGAAAAAGCCCUCAUCAAACUUUACUCAAGGGAUGUGGAUGAAGUUUAUGGAACCUCCACCACUUUCUUGUUAAACUAUCCCAAGAUCAUCGAGACAUGGCUCAAGUUUGAUUUGAAUUAUGACAAACUACUCCCGGCUGUGUUAUCAUACUGCAAAAAACACCACAACCUCCCUUUGAACCGAAAUGCUGCCAUCAAACUCUUGAUGAAGGUACACGACAAGGGCUACAAGAGUAAACAGUGGAACAACUACUAUUUGUCCCUACUAAUCACUCAUCACGAGGACGCUAGCCACUUUAUUAUCAAAUUCAUCAACCAUGAGACUGCAUACGACCAAAAUUUUAUCCAAAGGUUGUGUUUGCUCCACCACAAAGUACAUCCCGCGGUUUUAAUCUACAUUGAUAUGGGAUUAUUCGAACAAGCUUUGGAGGUCUCACUAAACAACAACGCUAUCGAAUUAGGAGAGCUCGUGCUAAGCAAAUACGAAGAGAUUACUGAGGAUGGCGACAGAGUUGAGGACAAUAACAAGUUGGAAAAGGAGAGCUACAACACAAGAAGACAUUUGUGGUUAACAUUUGCAAGACAUCUUAUUCAUCGCACAUGCGAGGGUAAGCAAGUGGGACUCGAGGAAAUUGACAACUCCGCCAACAAGUUGAAUGCUACAUUGUCGUAUAUACAAAAGAAUUCACCCCUUGGAUUAAAAGACUUGCUUCCACUCUUUCCCGAAACGGUCAUGAUCAACAAUUUCAAAGAUGAAAUUGUUGACUCACUUAAUGAGUACAAGAGAAGCUUACAGGAUAUAAAUAUGAGGAUACAAGAGAACCAUUCCUUGCUUAUCACUUUGAAACAAGAAGCUCAAGACGAGACACAAAAGAGGUCAGAGCAUUACUCUGUGAUCAAACCAGGAUCCACUUGUUAUCUAUGCCACAACUUAUUAGCAACAAAAAAGUUUAUCUUUUUCGACAACUGCCAACAUGGAUUCCACAAAGAGUGUUUGGUACGAUACAAUCUCAAGUCAAAAGGAAACUAUAAUUUCAAAAAAUUGUAUCAAAGUUUCGUCAAAAACAAAGAUAAAAACCAGCAAGAGAUAAAGCGAGAGAUCGACGACAUGUUAUGCAAAGAGUGUAUUCUUUGCAAUGAUGCUAGUAUAAACGACAUUGAUGUUGGCUACUUGGAAGAGAAUGAUAGAGAUGUCGAUGAGAUCAAGGCUUGGGAGUUGUAG